UUCUGGCUUCAUAAGAGUGAUCAGACUUUGGCACACAAAUAUCUAAAUUUUUGGUAUCCAAAAUCCUAAUAAAAAUGAACCCGUCGCCGUCCCUGGAUGAAUUUGCACCGAAGGAGCAAAUCGAAGAACUUGAUACUGAAAUAAGGGAACUGGCACAAUCCCCGUCACCGUCACAAUUGGAAACUAUUAACGAAGUACCCGAUGAGGAUUUAGAACUGCCAGAAGGAGUAGUGUUCAUUCCGACCUCUCCCGUCGUGCGCUCUGCUGAAAGUGUGUGUUCGAGAUCUUCCCGGUCAACCAUGUUCCUCAGACUGGAAGCAUUAGCCCGACCAAAGACUUACUGUGUAGAAGAUACACUUCAGCGGUUCAGGGAUUUACUUCCAAAAGACAGUGUUGAAAACCUCCAGAAGCAGAUCAAACAGUCGAAAUCAUUGAGAGAUAUCACCAAUUGUCAGCAUCUGAAAAAAUGCACUCAAGCCCCCACUCCAACCCCACCCCCUUCCCGACGAUUGCAAUUUAGCGAGGAAAAAACUGUGGAAGUUAUGAGUAAACUUAAAGCAAAAUUGAAACGUGAAGUAUUCGAUCGAUUGGUAAAUGAAAUCAUCAAAAAACUUCCCGCACUGGUACUCGACUCGGACAUCACGGAUCUGUCCCAGCUGAAACCCGAAAUGCAGCGCUUGAUCAACGUUUUAUUUGCCACCAUCAUCCAGUAUGUCGGUAAUCCGGUGACGGUGCAUGAUCACGAGCUGUAUGUGCACCUAUGUGUCGGAAUAGCAAAAUUCAUAGAAAGUGUAAUCGAAUCCGUCCGGAGCGGAAAAGAUCCAUCAACGGAGAAACUUUUCGAAAAAAGAAAUGAAAAAAACGCAACAGUAUGACAACUGCGAUUUUGAGGGAGUGGUCCGAAGCUAUCGCCAUCGCGCAGAGAUCGAGAGAAAUAUUAAAAACUAAGCAAAAGAAUGCUAAUCAUUG